AUGUCAAGCGAUCAGCGAAUCCACCUAGGCGGACCCUCAACCGCUGGGCUCCCCACCCCGGGGGAACACCCCCCACAUGACGAAACUCGCGACGAACGCCCCGCAGCGGUGUCGGAACGCUACUGGCAAUUGUUCAACGACCCAGGCUUGUCGCCUCCCAACGGCGCACCUGCCGGCCCAUCGUCAGUAUCGCCCGAGGCCUUUCACGACCUCCCCCACCAAGUCCGAGCCUUGACAAGCAUGGUCCAGACCAUCAUCCCGAUCGUCUCCCAGCGGACCCCUCUGCAUGCGACCCGGCCUUCACAGCAACGGGGGACCCAUGUCCGGACCCACGUACCACUUCCAGAGCUUCCUGGCUCACCUCGAAACCCCACAACUCGGCCCGGGAGCCGGGAAGCGGAAGACACGGCGAGCCGCCCCGAGCCCGAGGCUCCGACUGCCGAUUCGACAAAUGCCCUACGAGCUCAGCUGCGCCUCGUCAGUCAAAGGCUUGACGAGGUACAACAGGAAGUUCGUAAGUCAAAGGGAGAGCUCGAGGCGGACGGACACCAAGGAUCUCCGUUCACCCCCGAGAUACAAGAUCAGGCGAUCCCGCCGCACUUCCGCCUCCCCUUGCUGGACGCGUAUGACGGCACCACCGACCCAGCGGACCACGUGGCCGCUUUUCGCGCCCAGAUGGCGCUAUUCGGGACCUCUGACGCCCUGAUGUGCAGGGCGUUCCCAACAACUCUGCGGGGGCCAGCCCGCACAUGGUACAGCGGCCUGAAGCCAGGGACCGUCGCCUCCUUCGAUCAGCUUGCCAAGGAUUUCGAGCUUAAUUUCCUAGCAUACGCCCGACCAAAGCCAUCCAUGGCGUUACUCCUCGAGCUCAACCAGAAGGAGGACGAGCCCCUCUCCCAUUUUGUGAACCGAUUUAUGACACAAAUUCGUGGAUUGUUCUUCUGGUUGCUCGUGGAGCGGCCCCCCGCCGCGGUCCCCGAGAUGCUCCAGCGUGCCAGUCAGUUUAUCGCCGCGGAGACUUGGAUGGCUGGAAAGCGGGAGGAGCACAAAAAGCUCAAGUCGGAGCCGCCCCGACAGCAACAACCCGCCGCUUCCCGGCGAAAGAUGGACAGACCUGACCCAAGGCCUCCUCUUCCCGCCUUGAAUUCAUCCCGAACUGAAAUAUUCCUACACAAGAAGGGGAAGGGGCUGCUCAAGGACCCUCACCCAAUGAGGAACCCGCGGGAGCUCGCAGACCGUUCAAGGUAUUGCCGAUUUCAUCGGCAGCACGGGCACGACACUGAGCAGUGCUACGAGCUGAAGAGGCAAAUCGAGGAGCUCAUCCUCAGAGGUCACCUCGGCCAGUACCUCCGGCCGAACAAAGAGCAGUCGCCUCGCCUAGAGGGCCCCGUCGAGCGACACAUCGAUGUGAUAGCCGGGGGCCCCACAUUAGGAGGAGGCUCCAUGUCGGGCAGGAAGGCGUAUGCCUGA